AUGAGUGUCAGUCCGCCUCCUCUCAAGAGAAGACGUCUGGGCAACAACGAAACCAAAUCCACGACUCUAUCAUCCGACAAGGACCGCAUCAGUAUCUACUCCUGGAACAUCAACGGAAUUCAGCCCUUUAUCCAAAACUCGAUAACUUCAUACUUUCAAUCUAAGAAGCCUUUGUCCAAACAAUCAGAGACACCCGCCACAGCGUCCCUUCGUGACUUCCUACGGCGUCACGGUUGGCCUACAAUACUCUGCCUCCAGGAAGUCAAGAUCAACCCACACGAUGAUGCGACAAAGUCAGCGGUCCGACAAGCUGUCAAGAGUAAUGCAGAAGGCGAGCCCGACUACGAGGCCCACUUCUGUCUACCCACCGAUCCUCACAAUGCCCGCGGGUUUGGUAGAAAAGUUUACGGUGUAUGCACGAUCAUACGUAAAGAUUUCAUCACCAACCAUCAGCCGAAAGUACGAAGCGUGGAGUGGGAUCUCGAAGGCCGUAUACAGAUCGUCGAAUCACAAGAUCCUAAACUGAGUAUCUGGAACAUCUACGCUGUCAACGGCACCGAUAAUCCAUACAAGGACAGCAAUACAGGAGCUGUAGUAGGCACCAGACAUGACAGAAAGCUGGCAGUGCACAAACAUAUGCUCGACGAGGCGAAAUUGCUCGAAUCCAAAGGAUAUGGUGUGAUACUCGCCGGCGACAUGAAUAUUGCUCGUUCCCAGUUGGAUGGAUAUCCGAAUCUACGCACAUCGCCUCAACAGCAUAUCAUCAACCGUGCAGACUUCAACAAGAAGUUCUUUGACGCAGAAGAAGGACUCAAGGCCAUUGAUACAUACAGGCAUAUUCACGGAGACAAAAGAGGAUACACAUAUUAUCCUCGUGCAAGGAAGUUUGGAAGCAGUUGUGACAGAGUUGACCUGAUCAUAUGUUCCGGCUCUUUGGAGAAGAAGAUUCUCGAUGCGGGUGUCUGUGCUACAGAAAGGGAGAGAGGCCCCAGCGAUCAUGUCCCUCUGUUUGCAACUUUUGACAUUGGGCAGGAUGAUCGGACGACAUGA